CUAAGAAUUUACAUUACUGUGUAAUCUAAUCUCAAAAAGUCAAUAUUUUGGUGUGUGAGAGAGAGAGAGAGAGAGGAAGGCGGCGCACGCCAUCGGUCGACGGGAAGAAUGCAUAAAUAUCGUUUCUCGGAUAAGAAGAGAGUAAAAGCAUUUUUUUACGAAUUGGAAAAAACAGAUCAUCCUUCAAUUUUGGAAGUGAAGAAAUAACGACCCUUAUCCCACACCGUACCCGCUUUCUAUCUAUCUUUGAGUAGCGUGCCCAAACCAAAUACUCCUAUAUAUUCUGCUCUACGAUCUCUUCUUCUUCUUCUUCUUCUUGUCUGUGCUUGUUGCAUUAUUGCGUAACUUCCACAUUCGCAAUCCUCGAUACUUGCCACUUCAAAACAACAUACGAUUUCAUUCCUCUCCACUCUACUUGUUCAACCAUAGUUUGGAUCAUCUCAAUGGAGUCCAGCGCUCAACGCCGGCUCAGAUUGAUUCAGACACAUCUGAUUCCCGACGCCGAUGAUUCGUCGUUUCCGAUUUCCGCCAACCCCACCGCCGCUGAAUUCUUUCAUGACCAGAAGUAUAGUGUAGUUCUUCCCGAGAGACUGCAAACAGGGAAAUGGAAUGUGUACAGAUCUGCCCGUUCUCCAUUGAAGCUUGUUGAUAGAUUCCCUGCUCACCCAGAGCUUCGCACAUUGCAUGAUAUUUUUGUGCACUCAGUUGAAAGUUUCCAAGACUACAAAUAUUUGGGUACACGCAUACGGAUAGAUGGGACUGUUGGAGAUUAUAAAUGGAUGACAUAUGGAGAGGCGGGUACUGCACGAUCAGCUAUAGGUUCAGGACUUCGUCAUCAUGGAUUACAAUCAGGAGCUUGUGUUGGACUUUAUUUUAUUAAUAGGCCAGAAUGGAUGAUUGUGGAUCACGCCUGUUCAGCAUUUUCGUACAUAUCAGUUCCUUUAUAUGACACCCUUGGGCCUGAUGCUGUUAAGUAUAUUGUGAAUCAUGCUGAGAUACAGGCCAUUUUCUGUGUGCCAAGUACCUUAAACACACUACUGAGCUUCCUGUCAGAGAUUCCUUCCGUACGCGUAAUAGUGGUAGUUGGAGGGGUGGAUGAACAUCUACCAUCUCUACCCUCUGCUUCAGGAGUCAAGCUUGUGUCAUAUACAAGGUUACUUAGCCAGGGUCGCAGUAACAUGCAUCCAUUUUGCCCCCCCAGACCCGAAGAUGUAGCCACUAUAUGCUAUACGAGUGGUACCACUGGGACGCCGAAGGGAGUUGUUCUAUCACAUGGAAACUUGUUAUCAAGUGUUGCUGGCAUGACUCUUUCUGUCAAAUUUUAUUCGUCAGAUAUUUAUAUAUCAUAUCUUCCCUUGGCACACAUAUAUGAACGAGCUAAUCAAAUCAUGUCAGCAUAUUACGGAGUUGCUGUUGGCUUCUAUCAGGGGGAUAACUUGAAAUUGAUGGAUGACUUAGCUGCUCUAAGGCCCACUAUAUUUUCUAGUGUUCCUCGUCUGUACAACAGAAUAUAUGCUGGAAUAAUUAAUGCUGUUAAGUCUUCUGGUGUGCUGAAAGAGAGGUUAUUUAAUGCAGCCUACAAUUCUAAGAGACAAGCUGUAAUGAAUGGUCGAAAACCAUCACCUAUGUGGGAUAGGCUGGUAUUCAAUAAGAUAAAGGACAAACUUGGAGGCCGUGUUCGGUACUUGACUUCAGGUGCUUCCCCGCUGUCUCCUGAUGUGAUGGAGUUCUUGAGGGUGUGUUUUGGCUGCCAAGUGAUUGAAGGUUAUGGCAUGACAGAGACUUCAUGUGUCAUCAGCACUAUGGAUGAGGGUGACAACUUAACUGGUCAUGUUGGUUCUCCCAACCCUGCAUGUGAAAUAAAGCUUGUUGAUGUUCCUGAAAUGAGUUAUACCUCAGAGGAUCAACCUCAUCCUCGCGGAGAGAUCUGUGUCAGAGGACAUAUCGUUUUCCAAGGCUACUAUAAAGAUGAAGUUCAGACGAGAGAAGUGGUCGAUGAUGAAGGUUGGCUGCAUACAGGAGAUAUCGGACUAUGGCUACCAGGUGGGCGCCUCAAGAUUAUUGAUCGGAAAAAGAACAUUUUCAAGCUGGCACAGGGCGAAUACAUAGCACCUGAGAAAAUUGAGAAUGUGUAUGCAAAGUGUAAAUUUGUUGCACAGUGCUUUGUGUACGGUGAUAGCUUGAACUCCUAUUUAGUUGCUGUGAUCUGUGUGGAUCCUGAUGUGCUAAAGGAUUGGGCGGCAUCAGAAAACAUUAAGUAUGAUGAUUUAGGACAACUUUGUGCUGAUCCAAGAGCAAAGGCUGCUGUGCUUGCUGACAUGGAUGCUGUCGGAAGAGAAGCUCAGUUGAGGGGUUUCGAAUUUGUGAAAGCCGUAACCUUAGUGCUGGAGCCGUUCACUGUGGAGAAUGGCUUGUUGACUCCAACCUUUAAGGUAAAACGGCCUCAAGCAAAAGCAUAUUUUGCGCAAGCAAUAGCAGGCAUGUAUACGGAGCUUUCGACAUCUGAUCCAGCCGGGGCUCCACAAAAGAUGAUGUGAAAAUCUCUACAUCUUAUACCCAAAACUACAGUAAUUUGAAACUCUUAAUCCAAUCUCUACAAUCUCAGAUUCAGAUUAUGCUUUUUUGUUUGGUUCAUCUGGGGAGCUUUAAUCUAUAUACAUUAAGUCGGUUUUUUUU